CGCUCUGGAGCUCUGGAGCUGGCACAAUCGCUCACUCUUGUUGUUGUAUUUUGACUCGAGAUUUCCAUGGUAACUGUAUGAUCAGUAGCGCGGAUCAAAACAGCGUGUAAGGAUGGAUAAGGACGAGAAUCCAGACUCGAAAUAUGGAGAGUCCAGAAAGUAUGACCCGAACUUCAAAGGGCCAAUCCACGACAGGGGCUGCACAGACAUCCUCUGUUGUAUUCUGUUCAUCGUGGCCUUGCUUGGGUACUUUUCUGUUGGUAUCCUUGCGUGGUCUCAGGGGGACCCCAGGAAAGUCAUUUAUCCCACAGACAGCAGGGGCCAGUUCUGUGGGCAGGCUGGAACGCCUCUGGAAAAGAAACCUCUUUUGUUCUACUUCAACAUCCUAAAAUGCGCCAGUCCGCUGGUGUUGCUGGAGUUCCAGUGUCCCACCACACAGUUAUGUGUGGACAAGUGUCCUGACAGACAUCUUACACUGGUGAAAGCCAAGUUCGGUAAAAAAGAAGACCACGAGUACUACAAAAGAUACUGCAAGGAUGGAGUCGACUUUGCCAAAUCUACUCCUGAGAUCCUGCGAGAUGGUUUAUGUCCUGCGAUGCUGAUGCCCAGCAAAGCCUUCACACGCCGCUGCCUUCCUGCCCUGGGAACGAUGAAAGGUGGCGUUGUUGUGGUGGGCAAUGAGACCACCUUUGAUGAUGGAGAGGGAGUCCGGGUCAAUGCCUCAGAGGUGCUGGAAGCAUCCAAGAAGUCAAACAUGGCUAUAGAAGCUCGGCAGGUGGCUAUGAGGAUCUUUGAGGACUAUACUCAGUCUUGGCACUGGAUAUUACUCGGUCUGGUUAUUGCCAUGGUUGUCAGCUUGAUUUUCAUCGUCCUGCUCCGAUUCUUAGCUGGCAUCAUGGUUUGGGUCAUGAUUGUUUUGGUCAUUAUAGUCAUUGGAUAUGCUAUUUUCCACUGCUACAUGGAGUUUGCCAGCCUGAAGGGAGAGCCUGGAGCCGAUGUCACCAUCCAUGACCUGGGCCUGCAGACAGACUUCUCUGUGUACCUGCAGAUCAGACAGACCUGGCUGGCUUUCAUGAUCAUCCUGGCCAUUGUUGAGGUUGUCAUCAUCAUGCUUCUUAUCUUCCUCCGGAAGAGGAUCCUCAUCGCUAUCGCUCUCAUCAAAGAGGCCAGCAGAGCUGUGGGACAUGUGAUGUCUUCCCUGUUCUACCCGCUGCUGACCUUUCUCCUUCUGGCUGUGGUGAUCGCAUAUUGGGCCAUUACUGCUGUUUUCUUGUCUACGUCUAAUGAGCAGGUGUACAAAGUUUUCAACAACUCUGAAUGUCCAUUUUCACGAGACACCUGUGAUCCCAAGACGUUCAACAUCUCCAACAUUUCAGCUCAGUGUCCUGAUGCAGAGUGCCUGUUUGCCUUCUAUGGCGGGGAGACGGCCUACCACAGAUACCUUAUCGUGUUCCAGUUCUAUAAUGUCUUCCUCUUCUUCUGGUGUGCCAACUUUGUCACGGCUUUGGGCCAGGUUACACUGUCGGGGGCAUUUGCGUCAUAUUAUUGGGCUUUCAAGAAGCCCAAUGAUAUCCCCGCAUACCCCAUCUUUUCCUCUCUUGGACGGGCCCUCAGGUACCACACCGGCUCCCUGGCUUUUGGAUCUUUGAUCCUGUCCUUGGUCCAGGUUAUCCGAGUCAUUCUGGAGUAUCUGGAUCACAAAUUAAAAGGUGCUCAGAACAAGUUUGCUAAAUUCCUGUUAAGCUGCAUGAAGUGCUGCUUCUGGUGCCUGGAGAAAUGUAUCAAGUUCCUGAACAGAAAUGCCUACAUCAUGAUUGCCAUCUAUGGAAAAAGCUUCUGUACCUCAGCUCGAGAUGCCUUCUUCCUUCUCAUGAGGAAUAUUGUGCGGGUGGCAGUUUUAGAUAAAGUGACGGACUUCCUGCUUUUCCUUGGGAAGCUCCUUAUCGUUGGCAUUGUGGGAAUAUUCUCUUUCUUCUUCUUCUCUGGAAGAAUUAAGGCUGUAGAGGAGGCUGCACCAUCUCUAAACUACUACUGGGUACCAAUACUGACAGUGGUAGUGGGAUCCUACCUGAUAGCCCAUGGCUUCUUCAGUGUGUACGCCAUGUGUGUGGACACAUUAUUUCUCUGUUUCUGUGAGGACUUGGAAAGAAAUGAUGGCUCUCCUGAAAGGCCUUACUUCAUGUCUCCCGAACUGCACGAGAUCCUCUCCAAAGCAAAGAGGAUGGAGGAAAAUGGAGGAACUGUUGAGCAGGCGGAUGGUGCAAAACAAGUGGAUGAGGUGAAAGUGGAGGAGGAAACACCCCUUCAGCAGGAUGGAGAGGUCCAACUGAAACAGCAGACGGUGCUAAAGCAGGGCAAUGAGGAGGAGGAGGAGCCCUUGCAGACCAAAACAGAUGCAGAUGAGCCAAAAGAGGAAAUGAUGGUGAAAGAAGAAACCAAUGAAGCCGAGGAAACUAAAAAGAAAGAAGAACUAGAGGCUGAAGAAGCAACAGAAAAGCAGGAGUUGAAAGCAGAUGAAAAAAUAGAGGAUGUGUCAGCUGCAGCUCAGGAGGCCAAGAAAGAGGAGACUGAUGAAAAAGAGGGAAAACCGGAGUCUAAUGAAGACAAACCUCCACCUGCAUCACAGGAAUAGAUGUUGCAAAACAAGUGAGACUCACUUAACCUCAUACAGCAUAAAGAUGUCUACCUAAAGCUUUGUAACAUGGACUUGUUAAAUGUGUGGCAUAGAAGCAAAAAUUUCAAAUAGCUUUGACAUGUAGGUAGAAUAACACCAACCUCUAGGAAGUUCCCGUCAAAAGGAAGCAGGUUGAAAGCCCAGUGCAUCUCUGUAGCUUAGGAAAAACGAAAUAAAAAAAAACAACAAAAAAAAACUAAAGCGAUUGAUUGUGUCGGUUUUAUAACAGCGUUGGUUUUUGAUAUUGUCAAGGUCUGUAGAACAUAGUGAUUGCGGAAUCUGUGCCUGAUUAAUGUCAGUAUUUAUCUUAAUCCAAUCAUUGGAUGCACUACAAAACCGCUUAAGAACAAUGUUUACAGUCUAAAAAAACAUCUCAAUCAAUGAGGGAACUUUCACUGUUUACAGUCUAAACAAACAUCUCUAUCAAUGAUGAAACUUUCACUGUUUACAUAAUACCAGCUGAUGCCAAAACCUUUCAGACACAUUUGAUAUACUAUACAAAGACCGGUGUUCUGCCAAUCCUUGCUCCCUGCCAGAAAAUGCUACGUUGUGGUUCUGCGCAUGCGCACAGUCGAUUUUCAAAGUUUGAUUGCGACGCCAAUCAUUUCUUGCACGAUGUAAAAAGGAUAAUAUGGGAUGUCGAGUAUUUGAUCCUUCAAAAUACACUACCCAUGACAUCAAUUGCAUUACACUUUGUGAAAAUUAUACGAUAAAGAGAGAAAAAAACAAUUCUAUCGCUUUAUUUGAUAUUCAUUUAGUCAUUCUCCUUUAUUUAACCAGGCAGGUCAUUAAGAACACAUUCUUAUUUACAAUGACGGCCUGGCAAGAGACAAGGACCACUUGGGGGAAAAGGAAGUGGUUUAGGGAGUAAAACACAGUAAAAUUGUAGCUCUACAAAGGUAGAAAACCAUUAGGUAGCAUUUUUUGGCAAAGCAGCAAAAAAUGGCAGAACACCGGCUCUUUUCUUUUUCCCAGUAGAGUAUAUACAGUAGUGUAUGUUUAUUGUGUAUUUUCUGGCUUCAUUGUUGUUAAGAUUGGAACCUGUAUAUUGUAUUGCCACCUAUAUGCCUUGGUAUUUUGGACUGGCGUAAGUGCUGUAAUUGUGUGACCGUGAUGCAGACAUCUGGAUCUCUCGGACUCCACGGAUUCCAAACUUUCCCACUUACUUACAGGUUGCCCCAACCUUAACUGGACCCGCUCUGCCCCCACCCACUGUCUUACUGCUGCAUGGAAUUGAAAUGGCCUUCUGAGUGCUUGCAACUAACAACUUAAGGCUCUGGAUGCUUUUUUUUACUUUAUUCUUGUCUGUCAUCUUGUGAAAGACGUUAGAAGAUUUUCCACUGAAAUUAAACUAAAGACAUUCCAUAUUUACUGGAUAUAACUCUUGAUUAAA